AUGCCACAAGCUCGUCGCAAAACUCCCUUCAGUGGGAAAGCAAAAAAACAGCAGAUCCAGAACAAAAAGCAGAAUAAAACAUUGCUACUGUCAUCGUCAGCAAACACAGAAAAUUAUGAUGUAUUGGCAGUCAACUAUCAACCGAACCGAGCUCAGGGCCGCGGUGAAUCUAACCGCUACGCCCUCAAAUUCUACAGGGAAAGUGAUGCUGAAGUGAAAAUUAAAAAGGAGGAAGCAUUGAAAGAGAUCAUUCCCGUGAGCCUCAAACAGAUGGAGAUAGAUCCGACCGAUUUCUUCCCUUCGGAGCUAUCGUUUCCCAAAAGACCGCCGUGGGACUUCGACAUGACUCCCGCCCAACUCGACGCACAGGAACAGAGGUAUUUCAGAGAAUACGUAAGCGGCAUUCAGUCGUCUCCCCUCUGGAAGGAAAUGUCUUACUUUGAGCUGAACCUGGAGACUUGGCGGCAGCUCUGGCGCGUCUUGGAGAUGUGCGACGUUCUCUUGCUCAUCGUCGACGUCAGAUUUGCGGGCAUGAUGUUUCCGCCGUCUCUAUACGAAUUCAUAGUGAAGGAAGAAAAGAAGGAUAUGAUCCUGGUCCUGAACAAAAUAGAUUUGGUGCCUCCGGUGGUGGUGGCCGCCUGGAAGCGUUUCCUCACCGCCGCUUAUCCCGGAUUACGAGUCGUCUAUUUCACUUCGUGUCCCGGGUACAACCUCGUCGGAGCCAGCGCUGAUAAAGCAGGUCUCCUAGUGCGCAGACGCAAAGGGCGGCAACGCAUGUGCGCAGAGGGCGCCACGCAGAUUUUGGAGGCUUGCAAGGAUAUCGUCCAGGGAGCGGUGGAUCUCUCCUCUUGGGAGAAGAAGAUAAAAGAAGAGACCGAUUUAGAGUUUGAAGAAGACGAGACCGAAGUCGGCGAGAGCAUCGUGCAGAAGGCGGACACGUCGUUCUUCAGGCACGAGAGGUUCAAGGGCGGGGUGUUGACGCUGGGGUGCGUGGGCCAGCCCAACGUGGGCAAGUCCUCCCUCAUGAACGCCAUCAUGGGCAAGAAGGUCGUCAGCGUGUCGCGCACUCCGGGUCACACCAAACACUUCCAGACCAUCUUCCUCACGCCGCAGAUCCGUCUGUGCGACUGUCCCGGCCUAGUGUUCCCGUCGAAGGUUCCCCGGUCCAUACAAAUCCUGAUGGGCUCGUAUCCCAUCGCCCAGCUGCGGGAGCCUUACACCACUAUCAGAUACCUCGCCGAGCGGCUGGAGCUGCCUCGUCUGCUGCGCAUCGACCACCCGGAGAACGACGACUCCUGGUCCCCUAGAGACGUCUGCGACGGAUGGGCCAAGAAGAGAGGCUACCUCACCGCCAAGGCUGCCAGACUGGACACGUACCGAGCGGCCAACGCCCUCCUCCGAAUGGCCUUGGACGGGAAAAUAUGUCUCUGGCUGCCGCCUCCCGGCUUCACCGACGAUAGAGAAAAGUUAGAGAGCUGCGAGGAGAUGAAAUACAUAAAGUGGGUCCAAGCGUUGAGCGGCGAUAUUGUCGCGGAGUCCUCGGCCGACAGCGAAACGGAGAAGCAGAGCGACGGCGAGGAAGAGAGCGAGAGUGAGUCGGGGGAGGAGACCACGAGAAUCGCCAAUAAGUUCGCGGCUCUGGCCAACGAGUAG